ACUGGAAUACGCCAAACUUUCAUAUACAAGUAGUCACACAAAAUCGUCCAGCUUCUUUAAAGCGUCUCGUUGACUCACUUAAUUCAUCAAUUUAUCUUGGUGACAAUGUACAUCUCACCAUAAAUAUUGAUGAAGACGCUGAUCCAAAAACUCUUAAAUAUACUCAAGAUUUUGAAUGGCGUUUUGGUGAAAAAAAAGUUCGUCAUAGAUUAGUUCAGGGUGGAUUGGUUGCAGCUGUUGUGGAAUCUUUUUAUCCUGCUGAUAAUAAUGAUUAUGGGAUCAUUUUAGAAGAUGAUAUUGAACUUUCACCACUUUACUACAUUUGGGCGAAAUAUAAUAUUUUAAAAUAUAGAUAUGGUCCUGAUCGAAUUUUAAGUGGUAGAAUGUUUGGUGUCAGCCUUUACAAUUCAAAACAUGUCGAAUUAACUUUGCCUAAACAAAAAAAAUUUAAUGCUGCACUUGUUUUGGAUCCUACAAAAUAUGACAGACGAAGUCCAUACCUUUGUCAAAUACCAUGUAGUUGGGGUUCAGUAGUUUUCCCUGAAAUAUGGCGUGAAUUUCAUCAUUAUAUAACUGCACGAUUAAAGGAUGCUAAUGGACCUAAUUUACAGGAAAUCAUUGUUCCUGAUAGCCGUUCAAAUAGGUGGAGUAAUUCUUGGAAGCGUUUUUUCGUUGAACUUAUUUAUCUUCGAGGUUAUGUAAUGCUCUACCCAAAUUAUAAUAAUUUCGUCAGCCUUUCCACUAAUCAUCAUGAGGAAGGAGUACAUGUUCAUCUAAAAAAUGGAAAACCCAAAAAAGGUUUUCUCUUACCACUUAUGAAAAAAGAUAUUAUAUCUGAAGGAUUACCAAAUGGUGUUUUACCCGAUUAUAGAAAUUUACCGAUAAUGGAUCUUUUCGGUAGAGUUGUAACAUUAAAAAAGAUCGUCGACCGAGGACAUAAAUUACAUAACAAAAUUUCAUUAUGCCCUCCUAGUAAUUCAGCAACACUUACAUAUAAUCCUAAAGAUCUGUUAUGUAUAGAUAAAAAGAAAAAAAUUGGUGGAAAAUCUACAAGCAACGAUCAGAAUUCAAAUCCAAAUAUUAAUAUUAAUUUAAAUGUUGGUGAAAAAGAUAAUAAAAAAGAUAAUGAAAAAGAUAUUGAAAAAGAUAGUGAAAAUGACGAUGAAAACACUUCUCUUGAUGAAAACUCUAAAACAAAAAAGUCAAAAAAGCACAAAAAAAAGUCGAAACAUUCAAAAAAGGUAAAGAAUAAACUUAAAAUAAUUACGAAUGACGAUGUAAAUGAUGAAAAUGAUGAGAUCGACGAAGUGGACGAUACUGAAAAUGGAGCUAUUGGAUCAUUUCACCGACGUAUUAAAAAUAUUAGACAUCUUAAACAAAUUAAACAAAUUAAACCUAGCUUGGAAUCUGCUAAUUCCAAUUCUAAAACGGCUAGCCUUAAAGCGACUGGAAAGGGAUGA